UUCACUUCCUGCGGUGGCAGUGUUGUGCUGCUGUUGGGUUGGAAACAUGGCAACGGCUGGAGCCGCUGGAGACGACCUGAGGAAGGAGCUCACAUGUGCGAUUUGCCUGGACUUCUUCAAAGACCCUGUCAUUCUGAAAUGCGGACACAAUUUCUGCCGCUUUUGCAUCUGCAUGCACUGGGAUGAAAAUGGCGGAGACUACGGCUAUCAGUGCCCACAAUGCAGAACGGUGUUCAACAAAAGGACGUUCACGAAAAACUAUCUGGUGCAGAACCUGGUGGCCAAACUGGACGACCUGGACUGCCUUGGCUCUUGUGCUACACCCUCUAAACCUGCUAAAACGGAUGGAAAAUGUGAGCAACACGGAGAAGAGCUGAAACUGUACUGCCAGACUGACAAGAGGCCCAUCUGUGUAGUCUGCAGAGAAUCUAGAGCACACAGGCACCAUGAGGUGGCACCAGUGCCAGAAGUUAUAAAUGACAUGAAGAUGGAAUUGAAACUCAGACUAAUGGAGCUCAACUGGCAAAAAUCUCAGUGUGUAAAAGUGAUAACCGCAGAUGAACGCACCAAAAGUGAAGUGAGGUUGAAGAAACAGAGACUGAAGGAAAAGAUUGAGGCAGAUGUUGGUGCCUUAGUCCAGUUUUUACUUGAUGAGAGAGACUCUCUGCUGGAGAGCCUCGAUGCUGAGGAAGUGGCCACCAUGGCCGUCAUAGAUGACAACUUGAAGACUGUGGAGGUGGAAGCAGCAGCUGUAGACAAAGCUAUAGCUGAUAUCCAUACCCAUAUCACUGGAAAAACUAGUUUUGAGAGCCUUGCUGAAACAUUCAAUGAAGCUAUACACUGCAAACCUUUCACAUCUUUUGAGCCAGUUAAUUGUCAGACUGAGUUCACAGACUUCUCAGGGCCCUUCCAGCUUAUCAUGUGGAAGAAAAUGAUGCAUGUUUUGCAUACCAUGCCCCAGAACCUCACCCUGGAUCCAGACACAGCUCACCUAAACUUACUCAUCUCAGACUUUGACACGAAAGUGGAGGAGGGCCGUGUCCGCAACCAGGAACCAGACCUGCCGGCUCGUUUCACACGCUUCUGUGGUGUCCUUGCCACUGCUCAGUAUGCUAGUGGCCAGCACUACUGGGAGGUGGACGUGAAGGACAAAGGCGUAUGGUACCUGGGAGUCACCACCGAGUGCAGCAACAGGAAGGGCUUUGUCAGCCUCACCCCUUCUGCAGGGUACUGGAGCCUGUGUCUGCAGGACCGGCUGUACGCCAACGGGGAGGACGGGCGCAUUCCGGUCGCUGAUUACUGGAACUCACCCCGGGUUGGUGUGUAUCUUGACUACGACAACGGCCGACUUAGUUUCUAUGAUGCGGUCACAAUGAAAAGACUGUACAUGUUUGACACCUGCUUUGAGGAGCCGGUCUACCCUUUCUUUAGCCCAGGGAAAAAUGAUCCAGGCAGCAGGCUGCAGAUAUGCCACUAUUACUAAGAGAUUCAAUGAGCUUAUAAAAAAGAGCUGAGGGUUACGCACCUGUUUAUCAGUGGGCAGUUUUAUAUCACAUGCAUGAGGCUGGAGUGACAGGGUUGUAUUGACCCUUAGAGCCAUGGCAUUUAACUGGUUUGAAAAGAAAAAGGUUUCAUAAGAAUUACCAGGUGUUUAAACUCACUGUCAAUGAAGAGUUUAGUUUCUCUCAUUUUGGAGCUUGGAAAUGUUACAUUUGGUAUUUGUCUACGCAGACACACACACUGUAGGCUCAUGUCCCGUGAUGACUGUGGCUGGACGUUGGAAAGGUGCUUUGCUGCUGUCUAUCACUGUGGCUGCUGGAUGCAGAUGCUCUUGUUGGAGCAUUAUACAGCUUCUGUCCCAUUAGCAAUGCCAAACAUAUAUGAACUGAUUGGCCAAGUUUAUUCGGGCAGUACCAGUGUAGUUGCCUUGUCAGUAGGAACAUAAGGGGCAUAGUUAUCACAUUGAUAGUUGCUGAAGGCCAAGAUUUUCCCAUGUGAAUCCUAGACUGAACAGCCCACCAGUGCUGACACUUAUCUGAACUGUUUCUCAGAUUUCCCUGCAUUUCAUUUGAGCUCUGUAUUUAGCCUUUCAGUAACCAGUCUUUCAGAUUGUAUCUCUACAGGUUACUUUAUUUUUAAUAAGCUUUGUGUAACAUGUUUUGCUUUGUAUGAUGAGCAUUUUUUGACUGUUUUUCUCAGUCAAUUUUUGCUGCUUCUUUGUGGGCGGUGAUACUGAAGGCGCAGUCCUGCCAGUGUGUUUUGUUGGAUAUGUGGAGUGUCUUAUAUCUUAUUAGUCUGCCAUGUAACUGUAAGCAUACCCCUGGAGCUGCAAAUGAGCAGGUAGAAGGCACAGCCAAUGGCUUUUAGGUAUGCAACAUAAAAUUAGAUUGCUGUAUAGACAGUCCUGUCCAGCGAUGUCAUCACUUAUCAGGUUCAGUCCUCAGUGUUUGAACCUGUGAACGUUUUACUUAAGCCAUUCCAUUAACAGCUUGAAUUCAUUGCCAAUCAUCUCAUUGACUUGAUUUGAACAUUGUCUUCAAGGUUUAAUCAUUUUGCUCAGCAUUUUCUGAUUUGAUUAUUUUAUAUUAUCCAGCUUUUAACUCAUUUAACACUGACAUUUAACAUGUUAAUUCUUAAUAGGGCUCACCCAACUUAUGUGAAUGUGUUCCCCCUUUUUUGUACAUGAAAUGCUUUAAUUUGAAUUAUAUAUGAACAUGGUUAUUGACUUAUUUUUCUUAUUUUUAAAUCUGAAAUUUUAACUCAAAUAUAUUUACUAGCAUUUUGUGUUUCUCUCUGUGAAGGCGUCAUUCUACAGAUGCAUAGGUUGCCAACAUUGGUUGCAUCAAAUAGAUAUGUAUUUUUUUGCAAGUGGAUUACAAAACUUAACUUCACUGAUGAGCUCAUCAGAUUCCUUAACCGUUUUCAAUCUGCCAAUCUGAAGGUAAAUUUGUCUUUUUUUUUCAUUGAUAUAUAACUGAUUUGAAGUCUGUUUUCACACAUAUAUUGCCCCUUGUAUUUAGCGUUGCUAUUUUGAGACCAUUUUUGUGACAGUGGUAUCUUAAAAUUGAAAUUGUCACUACUUCACCUGAUGUGUUUUGUGUCUCAGAAUAUAUUAAAAGAGGGGAAAAAAAGAUUGUGUUUUUCUUAAAAUCUGUAUCAGACCUCCACUUCCCACUGCUCUACAUGUCUAAUUCAUCUUUUAAAGCCAAAGAAGGUACGUUAAGAGUUUAGUUUUAUUCUGUGGCUCUCAGGAUUAGAGAAAUUUCUGGAGGAAGUGUUCU